AUGUCGCAAGUUGGCUCUCUGAUCCAUAUAGGCUGGGCGACGACCUGUGGUGCAACUAAGCUCGCCGUGGCAUGGCUGCUUAGUUUGGGGAAAAGUCUUUUUGCCACUCGAGACCGACUGUGUACUUACAAUGCGAGAACAGUUUCCACAGACGCUGACCUGCAUGCCCUUCUCGGAGCUGCAGAGCGUAUCAUAUUUCACGUGAUUGCUCUGCAGGAGACCAAGUGCAGAAGGAAUGACGUACGACAGAUGAAUGGCGGUACACUCGUCAUUCGUGGAGAGAAGGUUCCGUCGCGAAAUGUAGGCGGUGUUGGUUUUGUUGUGCACCCAUCUGUCGUCCAUCUUGUCGAUUCUCACGGGAUCCUGUCACCACUUCUGGCCAUUCUUUGUCUCCGCCCUCUGCGGCAAAAACCCAUCAGUGUCAUCAACUGCUAUUCACCAACAUCAGCAUCUGAAUUGGACACGUUUUUCGAGGAGCUGGAGGAAGUAAUCCGCAACGAGACGUCCUUCUAUAAAUUCGUUGUCGGAGACUUCAACGCAAAACUAGGAAAGGCCACAGAAGAGAAAUACAGGAUUGGAAGAUUUGGACUAGGGGAGGAAGAAAAUGGCAACGUCCGCCGGGCUGUUGUCCGCCGCUCGCCUCUUUCAUGGGAACUCUCUUUUCAUGAAAAAAGAUCAUCGUCGGUGGACAUGAGAAUCGCCCAAUGGCGCGACUCUGGUUCUGACCACCGUCUCCUUCGUGCGAAAACACGACUUAGCCAAACCAAGGAAAAGAUCAUCUGCUAUCGGCAACGAAGGAGAAAAGAAGUAGUCUACGACGAUUGCGUACUUGAGGACUCCUUGUCCCAAGGUGACUGGCACAUCGAGGAGGACCCAAACGUGGACUAUGAGAUGCUGCUCAGAGGAUUAAGAGCCUGCGCUGAGCGUGCAUCGAAGCCACGCACGACAAAUCCGGAUCGAGUUUCAAAGACCAGAAAAGCGUUGCAGAAGGAUCUCCUGAAAUACAGGCAGAAGAAGAUUCUGGAAACAGCACAAAGAAGAACGAGUCUAAAGAAGUGCCGCAGGGAUCUCCGCGAAUAUAAUAUUCCGCUAGCAACCUUGCUGGGCGAAGACGGGACUCGCACGUCUUCUCGUCGUGAGGUGGAAAUCAUCACGAAGAGGUUCUACUCGAACGUUUUCCGUUCAUCAACUCCUGUGUCAAGCCCGAUCAUCCCCACUGGUGAAGCUCCACCACGGAUUCUCCCUUUGGAAGUACGAGUCGCUAUCAAGAGCAUGAAACCUGGCACAGCCCCCGGGCCUGAUUUUAUAUCAGCAGACUCUUCGGGCUUGUGGCCAUCCGCUUCAUGUAAUCCUAGCAGCGCACAUGACAUCCUACCGUCAGAAAGAAAGGAUCCCAGACCAGUGGAAGACCUCGCGAACCGUUCUUAUCCAUAA